CAUAAUCGAAAUUUUCCAUCUCACGCUUUCUCAGUUUUUCGAAGUGAGAAGCAUUGUAGUUGUAUUGCAAUCAAUUAUAGCUUUGCCUUAAGAAUAAAUUUUGUGUCAUCGUGUAAUACGAGUAAUUUUAACUGUUUUGUCUGCAGGCACUGGCUGCAAACAUGUCACAGCUAGCAACACCUUCAUUAAUCUUUAUAAUUUUAUUGUACAUUCUGCUCUUAACUAUCGGAAUAUGGACGGCCAAAAAAAUGACGCAUUUACGGGCAGAUGAACUAUUGGUUAAUGGCCGAAAUUUAAAUGCAGCUGUGGCUGCUAUUGCAAUCACCGCAUCUGCGGUAGCCGGAAGAUUUAUAUCCCAGAUUGCCGAAACUGUUUACGAUACGACUUCCAUAAAUGGUGGACUUAUCUGGUGCCAGGAACCACUUGCAACAGCAAUCAGCCUUUUGAUUGGUGGUCUGCUUUUCGCUAGUCCAAUGCGAUCAAAAAAUUAUUUGACGGUUCUGGACCCUUGCUCGGAAAGAUAUGGAGCCAUUAUGGCAGGUGUGCUGUUCAUUCCGCUGGCAUUGUACGAGUUUGUUAGUAUGGGAGCGUCACUGUCUUACUUUGGAGACAUACUAUUUCGCCACAGUUUUCUUAAUAUUGGACACGCACCUGUAUUUUUCAUCUGCGUGGGGGCUACUAGCGUUAGCAUUACGUACUGCUUUCUCGGUGGGAUAAGAAGUGUGGUUUACACUGACGUUGCCAAAGUUGCCAUAAUCUUUUGCGGUUUGUGGAUAUUUGCACCGUGCGCCUUGGCAAAUUAUAAUUUUGUUCGCUGCAUUCGCUUAACAUUUGACCAAUGGCUUGGACAUUUACCGCCAGUAUAUGGAGGAGUAUAUUUCGAUAAUUACAUUGUGGCGAUAACCUGCGGAUUAGUGUGUCAGAGUUAUUUCCAGCGUAUUCUUUCCGUACGCAAUGCUAAUCAGGCGCGCAUAGCCAGCAUGCUCGCCGCUGUACUCUGUAUCCUGAUCGCUGCACCUUCCGCAUUAAUUGGCGCUGUCGGCAAAUCAACAGAUUGGAAUCGAACAGAAAUCGGACAUUCCCCGACUGAUAAAGAGAUACCGUUUAUUUUUAAUACCGUACUCCAGACUUUGACGCCGCCGGUAAUUGCGUCGGUGGCCAUUGGUGUUAUUGCCGUUGCUACAAUCAGCGCCUUUGACAAUUCUUUGCUGUCCCUAAGUACCAUGUUCGUAUCCAACGUGCGACCGGCUUUUGUGCGGUCUUAUAAGUCUGAAAAGCAGCACAUCCGGUGGUUCAAAGUCUGUGUAAUCAACUGUGGAGUAAUUGGCACCGCGUUAGGAUGUGUGGUUUUGCCGUAUCGCGGCAUAAAAUUACUUUUAACGGACAUUAUCAGUACGGCCGUAUUCCCGCAGCUGGUCUGUGCUCUGUUCGUUCCGAAAUGCAAUGGUUAUGGGUCGCUGUCAGCAAUCGGACUAACAACAAUAGCCCGCUUAUUAUUUGGUGAGCCAUCUCUGUCCCGGCAUCUGACAGUUGUUCGUCUGCCGCUUUACAACGCAGAUCUGGAUGUGCAGUUGUUUCCCUAUCGGUCCGUAUUACUACUGGUAUCGUUAGCGUCAACCGUAUUGUUUAGCAAACUGGCGACCUAUGGCUUUGUUAAAUCACGGAAAGUACCUAUUCGAUUUGACUUUCUACAUGUUUUCGAUCGUUCCGUUCCCGAUUUACUAUCGACUGUUAAUUCGGUUCCGAUGCGCGAUCAGAUUUUUGAUUCACAAGAGUCGGUUGCAGCCGAAAGGACAAAACAUCCCGCUUCAAUUCAAAUAAAAAACCAAUCCGUUUGCGUUUGA